GGUUUGUAAUGAUAGGGCGGCAGCAGCAGCAGCGGUAGAACGAGGAGGUGGAGAGCUGGGAGCGCGAUGCAUACACAGGUGUUUCUGAUUAGUAAUUAGCUGCUGUGAAGGAAAAAGCACACCUUUGGGUUUUUAACCUGUGAACACUAUAGCACUGAGAGAGACAGUCUGAAAGCAAAGAAAGCAAAGAGGAAGACCUCGAUCAGUUAACACCAAGAGACACCAAAGUUGAAAGUUUUGUUUUCUUUCCCUCUGUUUUAUUUUUCCCCCGUGUGCCCCUACUAUGGUCAGAAAGCCUGUUGUGUCCACCAUCUCCAAAGGAGGUUACCUGCAGGGAAAUGUUAACAGGAGGCUGCCUUCCCUGGGCAACAAGGAGCCACCUGGGCAGGAGAAAGUGCAGCUGAAGAGGAAAGUCACUUUACUGAGGGGAAUCUCCAUUAUCAUUGGCACCAUCAUUGGAGCAGGAAUCUUCAUCUCUCCUAAGGGCGUGCUCCAGAACACAGGCAGUGUGGGCAUGUCUCUGACCAUCUGGACGGUGUGUGGGGUCCUGUCACUAUUUGGAGCCUUGUCUUAUGCUGAAUUGGGAACAAGUAUAAAGAAAUCCGGAGGUCAUUACACAUAUAUUUUGGAAGUCUUUGGUCCAUUACCAGCUUUUGUACGAGUCUGGGUGGAACUCCUCAUAAUACGCCCUGCAGCUACUGCUGUGAUAUCCCUGGCAUUUGGACGCUACAUUCUGGAACCAUUUUUUAUUCAAUGUGAAAUCCCUGAACUUGCGAUCAAGCUCGUUACAGCUGUGGGCAUAACUGUAGUGAUGGUCCUAAAUAGCAUGAGUGUCAGCUGGAGCGCCCGGAUCCAGAUUUUCUUAACCUUUUGCAAGCUCACAGCAAUUCUGAUAAUUAUAGUCCCUGGAGUUAUGCAGCUAAUUAAAGGUCAAACACAGAACUUUAAAGACGCCUUUUCAGGAAGAGAUUCAAGUAUUACGCGGUUGCCACUGGCUUUUUAUUAUGGAAUGUACGCAUAUGCUGGCUGGUUUUACCUCAACUUUGUUACUGAAGAAGUGGAAAACCCUGAAAAAACCAUUCCCCUUGCAAUAUGUAUAUCCAUGGCCAUUGUCACCAUUGGCUAUGUGCUGACAAAUGUGGCCUACUUUACGACCAUUAAUGCUGAGGAGCUGUUGCUUUCAAAUGCAGUGGCAGUGACCUUUUCUGAGCGGCUACUGGGAAAUUUCUCAUUAGCAGUUCCGAUCUUUGUUGCCCUCUCCUGCUUUGGCUCCAUGAAUGGUGGUGUGUUUGCUGUCUCCAGGUUAUUCUAUGUUGCGUCUCGAGAGGGUCACCUUCCAGAAAUCCUCUCCAUGAUUCAUGUCCGCAAGCACACUCCUCUGCCAGCUGUUAUUGUUUUGCACCCUUUGACAAUGAUAAUGCUCUUCUCUGGAGACCUCGACAGUCUUUUGAAUUUCCUCAGUUUUGCCAGGUGGCUUUUUAUUGGGCUGGCAGUUGCUGGGCUGAUUUAUCUUCGAUACAAAUGCCCAGAUAUGCAUCGUCCUUUCAAGGUUCCACUGUUCAUCCCAGCUUUGUUUUCCUUCACAUGCCUCUUCAUGGUUGCCCUUUCCCUCUAUUCGGACCCAUUUAGUACGGGGAUUGGCUUUAUCAUCACUCUGACUGGUGUGCCUGCAUAUUAUCUCUUUAUUAUAUGGGACAAGAAACCCAAGUGGUUUAGAAUAAUGUCAGAGAGAAUAACCAGAACAUUACAAAUAAUACUGGAAGUUGUACCAGAAGAAGAAAAGUUAUGAACUAAUGGACUUGAGAUCUUGGCAAUCUGCCCAAGGGGAGACACAUAAUAGGGAUUUUUACUUCAUGUUAUGAAAAUCCAGAGAAUUACAACUUCGGUGAUAAACAAAAGGAGUCAGUUAUUUCUAUUCAUAUAUUUUAGCAUAUUCAAACUAAUUUCUAAGAAAUUUAGUUAUAACUCUUUGUAGUUAUAGAAGGCAAAUAUGCAGCUGUUCUAUGAGUCACACAAUUCUUGAGUCUCUGAUACCUACCUAUUGGGGUUAGGAGAAAAGACUAGACAAUUACUAUGUGGUCAUUCUCUACAGCAUAUGUUAGCAUAGCAAAGAACCUUCAAAUUGAAGACUGUGAUUUUUCUGUAUAUAUGAGUUCUGUAAACAUGGUUUUACACACUAUAGAUGACUAUACUGUGAAAAGUGUUUUCAAUUCUGAAAAAAAGCAUACAUCAUGAUUAUGACCAAGAGGGGAGAAAGAAAUUUAUUUUACAUUGACAUUGCAUUGCUUCCCCUUAGAUACCAAUUUAGAUAACACUCAUGCUUUAAUGGAUUAUACCCAGAGCAUUUUGAAUAAAGGUCAGAGGGGAUUGUUGAAUACAUUAAAGAAGAGUUUCUAGGGGCUACUGUUUAUAAGACACAUCCAGGAAUUAUGUUUGAGUAAAAUAUCCUUGAGAAUUUAUUAUGUCAGAUAUUUUGUCAUUCAUUAUCAGGAAGUUUUAGUUAUCUGUCAUUUUUUUUCACAUGAGUUUGAUCAGGAAAGUGUAUAACACAUCUUAGAGCAAGAGUAAGUUUGGUAUUAAAUCCUCUUAAGAACAACCGCCUGUUUCACUAAUAACUUACCCCUGAUGAGUAUAUCUAAACAUAUGCAUUUUUAAACCUUCAAAUUACAUUGUCAACAUGAGAGAAAUCACCAACAAAGAAAAUGUUCAAAAUAAUAGUCCCAUAUCUGUAAUGAUAUCUACAUGCAAUGUUAGUAAUUCUGAACAGUUUUUUAAAUUUAUGGCUAUUUUUACAUCAUGAUGAAUUUUGACAGUUUGUGCAUUUUCUUUAUACAUUUUAUAUUCUGUUAAAAUAUCUCUUCAGAUGAAACUGUCCAGAUUAAUUAGGAAAAGGCAUAUAUUAACGUAAAAAUUGAGAAGAAAUGUCACCGCUAAAUAAGAUUUACAACUGAUGUUUCUAGAAAAUUUCCACUUCUAUAUCUAGGCUUUGUCAGUAAUUUCCACACCUUAAUUAUCAUUCAACUUGCAAAAGAGAUAACUGAUAAGAAGAAAAUUGACAGAAUGAGAAUCUGUGGAUGAGUGUUUUUGUUCAGAAGAUGUUGUUAUGCCAGUAUUAGAAAAUAUUGUGGGCCAGGCAUGGUGGCUUACACCUGUAAUCCCAGCACUUUGGGAGGCCGAGGCAGGUGGAUCACCUGAGGUCAGACCAGCCUGACCAACGUGGGGAAACCCUGUCUCUACUAAAUAUGCAAAAUUAGCUGGGCAUGGUGGCGCAUGCUGGUAAUCUCAGCUAUUCAGGAGGCUGAGGCAGGAGAAUUGCUUGAACCCAGGAGGCGGAGGUUGCAGGGAGCUGAGAUGGUACCACUGCACUCCAGCCUGGGUGAGAGACUCCAUCUCCAAAAA